CUGAGCUUCAGGAAGAUGUCGCUCUGCAUUGUGGGAUACAUCAACAUGGCGACCUUGUGUAAGGUUGUGAGAUCCUCGCGGAAUAAAACUAUUUUAACAUGGUUAAGGCCCAGAGUCCUGCAACCUACCGAAAACACCUGCUACAGCACCGAACAGCUGGGUGGGUCGGACGGAGAAAAGAGCGAUGAACCAGCUGCCAGUAAACCAAAAAGCGGUUUCGCUGCGGCGUUUGAGCAGCACACGGACAUCCAGCAGAGAGACCAACCCGGCUCCAGCAGGACCAGCUGGACGAGAGAUGAGUCUUCCUUCGCCUCGCUGCUCCGGCAUUCUCCGCUCAUCCAGAUGGGUCCAGCCAAGGACAAGGUCGUUGUGGGCAGAAUUUUCCAUGUCGUGAAGGACGACCUGUACAUUGACUUCGGGGGCAAGUUCCACUGCGUGUGCAAGCGCCCAGCGCAGGACCCGGAGCGGUACCUGCGGGGGUCCAGAGUCCGACUGAGGCUGCAGGACCUGGAGCUCACAUCGCGGUUCUUAGGGGCCGCGACUGACACCACGCUGCUGGAGGCCGACGCUGUUCUGCUGGGACUGAUGGACGGGAAGGAGACCAAGUCCAAAUAAACUGUAGCCGAGAUGGUUCUAGGGGUCGUGGCGGUGGACUCCUAAUCAGCUGAGAUUAUGUGUAUUGGAGGUCUGAACAAAGUAGUGGAUGUUGUUGCAUUAAAGUAUUUUUUAUGUUG